CUUCAUUCAAACUUCUCUUCUCUUCUCUUCUAUCCCUGCCACGCCUUUAUCCCCCACGAAGCUUUUCCUAUAUAAUACAAUCCCCUCCUUCCGGGUUUCUCAUCCCAUUUCCUUCUCACUAAGCUUCGUUGACCCAGUGCUUUACUCUCAAUUUUUUCCCUUGGGUUUCCCCUGCAUUAGGAGAUGGCUUGUUUGGGGCUUCUUGUUGUGGUGAGUAUGUCUGUAUUGGCUCAGCUUGCACGUGCUUCAGACUGGACUAAUGCCCACGCUACGUUCUAUGGAGGUAGCGAUGCAUCUGGAACGAUGGGUGGGGCAUGUGGGUAUGGAAAUCUUUACAGCCAAGGGUAUGGCGCCAGCACUGCAGCUCUGAGCACUGCCCUUUUUAACAAUGGCUUGAGCUGUGGAGCAUGCUAUGAGAUCAAAUGCAAUGACGACCCACAAUGGUGCCUUCCCAACUCAAUCGUUGUAACCGCCACUAACUUCUGCCCGCCCAACAAUGCCCUGCCUAACGACAAUGGCGGAUGGUGCAAUCCUCCCCUGGAGCAUUUUGACCUCUCACAGCCCAUUUUCCAGGACAUUGCCAAAUUCAAAGCCGGCAUUGUCCCUGUUAUGUACAGAAGGGUCCCCUGUCAAAGAAAGGGAGGAGUUCGAUUCACCAUUAAUGGCCACUCCUACUUCAACCGGGUUCUCAUCACCAAUGUUGGAGGAGCAGGGGAUGUCAAAGCCGUUUCAAUCAAGGGGUCUUCUACUGGUUGGCAGGAUAUGUCACGGAACUGGGGCCAAAACUGGCAGAGCAACAGUUUUCUGAACGGUCAGAGCCUGUCAUUCAAGGUGACCACCAGCGAUGGAAGGACUGUUACCUCCUACAAUGUGGCUCCAAGUGGCUGGCAAUUUGGCCAGACUUUCAGCGGCUCCCAGCUUUAAACUAGUUUAUAUUCUAGCUAAACCAGUCUGUGUCUAAUGGUCAAUCGGGUUACAGAUAUCGAUUCUAGAAGAGUUGGCCCGUGAGUACUUUUAGUUUGUUUUACUUUGUGUUUGAUAGUUAUCAGCUAUCUUGUAAAGCGUUUCGGGUGUCGCCGCGGUGGCUGCGGAUUACAGUGCUACCCGCUCUCGAAACGACCGGUAAUCAUAUUCUGCUGCAAAAAUAGUUGUUGACAGUGUUGAGUGUUGAGUUGCAGAUUUGCAGAGGUGGUUUUGUCGCCACCCGCCAUCUAUUUCGAGUAAUGUAAACGUAUGCUCUUACAAAGUAAUCAUAAUAAUAAUAUGUUUCUGUUAUAUA